AUGACUCCCCCUCCGCCUCCGACGUUUAAAGUCGCUCUAGUCGAGCAGCUUUUUCAAUCGGCAUGGGCUGCUAAUGUUACAGCAGCAGCCGAAACCAUUGGUAGUGACAGCAGCGACGAGGAAGAGAUGUUUGAUUCAGCGCCACUCAUCACCGCAGCAGCGGCGGCCUCGCGGGUGCGCAAGAUUCACGCAGACGCUUUGAAACUCAGUACUGAGAUGCUAAGGCUUUUUGUGGUGGAAGCUGUUCGUCGCGCACAAAUGGAGGCGAUGGUGGACGAUAGCGAACACGUCGAGCCGCUGCAUAUUGAGCAGGUGUUGGCGCAGCUGAUGCUGGACUUUUAA